ACGCCUGUGAAUAUUUCCGCUAAUGUUCCAGCCUCUACAACCGGUACAGUAGAAAAUAAAGUGUUCCAUAGUUUCAAGUUAAAAGAUUCAGUUACGUCUCUCAGUAUUUGGAUAUUAAUUUUAUUUUUUCCUUCAUGUCUCAGCGAACGACAUAGCCGAGUUACGACUUUUCACAUGGUUGUGUUGAUGUUGACGGUCGUUGCGCGGAUAGCUUAGCCUGACUGAUAAAGUGCAGCAUAGGUUUGAGUUUUGCGCUGAAUUAGACGUUUUUUCUCGGACUGACUUUUUUAAAUAAGUGCUUCUUUACGACAAUGGAACAUUUCGUAGUAGGUGUUGGAUUCUGUGUGAGUAUUAUGCUGAGUGGGCUUAUUUUCACAGCCCAUAAACUUGGUUUAUUCUAUCAACUGUUUCACAAGACUGAGACAAAAAGUCCACGGCAUGGUGGCGAGAGUGUGGCAGAGGUUCUGCGUUCCCAUGGAGUAAAGUACGUUUUCACUCUUGUCGGCGGACACAUCUCACCCAUCCUGGUGGCUUGUGAGAAGGUGGGCAUCCGCAUUUUGGACACCAGACACGAGGCCACUGCUGUCUUUGCUGCUGAUGCUGUGGCAAGACUCUCAGGCACUAUUGGUGUUGCAGCAGUGACUGCUGGUCCAGGCCUCACGAACACUGUGACAGCUGUGAAGAAUGCCCAGAUGGCUGAAUCUCCUGUCCUGCUUUUGGGAGGAGCAGCUGGUACACUUCUUCAGGGCAGAGGAGCACUUCAAGAUAUUGAUCAGAUUUCUCUCUUCAAGCCACUGUGCAAGUUCUGUGCAUCCGUCAGGACCGUUAGGGAGAUUGUGCCUACCAUCAGGAAGGCUCUGGCGAUCGCUCAGUCUGGAACUCCUGGUCCUGUUUUCAUAGAGUUGCCCAUUGACAUCCUCUAUCCCUUUCACCUGGUUUCCCAAGAGUUGUUAAUGAAAAACUCUCCCAAAGGCCUGAUGGGAAAAAUUGUCUCAUGGUACGUCCAAAACCACCUCAUGAACCUGUUUGCUGGAGCCUGGGAGACCAAAGAUCUGUCUCCACUGCCUGUUGACAUCCCACAUGCCACAGAUGAUCAGGUACAAAGGUGUGUAGAGCUGGUGAGCCGAGCCAAGAAACCGGUUAUUCUGAUGGGUAGCCAAGCAACACUACCCCCAAUGCCUGUGGAAGACAUUAGGAAGGUGUUAGAGGAGCUGGGUAUCCCAUGCUUCCUUGGAGGCAUGUCACGUGGCAUACUGGGUAGAAACAGCCCAAUCCACAUUCGGCAGAACAGACGAGAAGCUCUGAAGGAGGCUGACGUGGUGCUGUUGGCAGGUACUGUAUGUGAUUUCCGUCUGAACUAUGGCAGAGUUUUCAACAAACGCAGCAAGAUCAUUGCUGUCAACAGAGACAAGACACAGCUGCUGAAAAACUCAGAUAUGUUCUGGAAGCCAACUGUAGCAGUUCAAGGUGAUGCAGGUUCUUUCUUAGUUCGUCUUUCCAAAGGCUUAAAGGGACACCGCUGCCAAGAGGAAUGGCUUCAGAGCCUCAAAGCAGGAGACAUCAGCAAAGAAAAUGCAAACAGGGUGAAAGCUGAUGAGAAGACAGAUCAUCACUUAAAUCCCCUGAAAGUUCUCCACUGUGUGGAUGAGCUGAUGGCAGAGGACAGCAUCAUUGUUGCAGAUGGGGGUGAUUUUGUGGGAAGUGCUGCUUACAUAUUGAAACCAAGAGGACCUCUGCGCUGGCUCGACCCAGGAGCAUUUGGGACGCUGGGAGUUGGAGGAGGCUUUGCCCUCGGAGCAAAACUGUGCCGGCCUGAAGCUGAGGUAUGGAUAGUGUAUGGUGAUGGGUCUUCAGGAUACAGUAUUGCUGAGUUUGACACCUUCACCAGGCACAAGACACCAGUGAUUGCACUUGUGGGAAAUGAUGCAUGUUGGAGUCAGAUUGCCAGAGAGCAAGUCCCGCUCCUUGGCAGCAACGUGGCAUGUGGCCUCUCUUUUACAGAUUACCAUAUAGUGGCGGAUGGCUUUGGUGGUAAGGGAUUCCUUGUAAGGCGUGAGGAUGAAGACGGGCUGUGUGACAUCAUCAAGCAGGCUCAGAGAGUGUGCCAGGAUGGCAAGGCCACACUUCUGAAUGUUCUGAUAGGGAAAACUAAUUUUAGAGAGGGCUCAGUCUCUGUUUAGAGGAAUUAACUUCCUUCCCAUGUAACAUUCUUUCAUGCAUAUUUGCAGUCAAGGUCCAUGAAAGAUUUCAGAGAAUAGUAGGAAACUGUCAGAUACUGAUUAGUCCAGCCUUAUCCAGACUUCUGCUAAUCCUGUGUGGCCUUAAAACCAAAUUUCACUAUGGAAAUAGCCUUUGACCUGACCGUUAUCUUUCUUCAAGGAGUUCAUGAACUGUUAGCCUUAUAUCUGUUAAAGGGGAGCAGUGGCAUUUUUCAAACUAUGCUCUAUUAUAAGAUGUUUAUGGGUUAAGCUUUUCACUUCAAAAUCUAUUUUAACUGGUUCAGUAUUGACUUAGAAGGCUAACACCAUUAUACAGUGUAUGGCUAUGGAGCAAGCUUAGACCUUUGUAAUAAACUGCUUCUACACCACUAAAUAGGUCAAAAUAUUAUUAGAAGUGAUCAGAGAAGCAAUUUUAAUUAGUCAGGAUGAAAUGUGCAGAGCAUAUGUAGUGAUAAUCUGAACAUGGCCGCCAACAUUUGCUCCUGCCAUCAUUUACAGCUGCGGUGCUUCGCUGGAAAGUACUGCAAUAUGUUACUUCUUUGUGCCACACUGUCAGAGCGCCACACCCUCAAUGCUACCACUGGGUGUAAAU